AUGUUGUUCGCCUCGAGGGACGAAAAGUCGACUCCAGCCACAGACAGACUCUCCUCUGACAGGUCGACUCCAGCCACAGACAGACUCUCCUCUGACAGGUCGACUCCAGCCACAGACAGACUCUCCUCUGACAGGUCGACUCCAGCCACAGACAGACUCUCCUCUGACAGGUCGACUCCAGCCACAGACAGACUCUCCUCUGACAGGUCGACUCCAGCCACAGACAGACUCUCCUCUGAGUCUGUGAGCGAGAACGCCAAAAAGGACCUGAAGGACGGCCUGGCUUUGUACAACUCCGAAAACAACAUAGGCCUUCGAAACGCCUGGAACAUCAUUCAGGCCGAGUGGAAAUGCUGCGGAGUCAUUGCUUACACAGACUGGCACGAGGCGCUGAAGGAGAAGGUAGUUCCGGACCGAUGCUGCCAAGAGCAUUACCAAAACUGUGGGCGCAAUUCUACAAACAUGUUCUGGAACCGGGGUUGCUUUGAGAAAGUGGAGGAAUGGCUGGACGACAACAAGCACUUGCUAGGAACCAUCGGCAUGGUCAUCUUAGUCGUGCAGAUCCCUGCCAAGACGCCGGUUGUGAAAUCCGAGGAUUCGCUUGAGAUGGAGUGA